AGAGGAUUCAAGUGAAAGGUGAUAGAAUUCGAAGUGUAUAUAAACUCAAUCUUUCAACUGGACAUAAAACAGUGUCAAUAUUCUACUUCCUCCAAAAAGUUCUAUCAUGAAUCAAAUCAUUAUUUUCUUCGCUUGCAUUUUUUUGGUGUCUGCUGAUUAUCCUGAUCAUGUCGAUACAACGUAUGAGGAGAAAACUAAACCCGUAAAUAUUCCUAUAUAUAAAAAAUAUGCUAUACCAAUUCCACAUCCUGUAAUAGUCAAAGUACCACAAGAAAUUAGGAUACCAAUUCCUCAACCAUACCAAGUGCCAAUAGAGAUAUCUCAACCAUAUCCAGUUGAAGUUAUCAAACACAUAGAAAUCCCAGUUGAAAAACCUGAACCAUAUGUAGUGGAAAAGCACGUACCAUACGUCGUGGAAAAACCUUAUCCUGUUUACGUGGAAAAAAAAUUCUCUUAUCCCGUUGUAAAGCCUUAUACAGUACAUGUACCUAUUUACAAACAUGUGUACCAACACUCAUCAAAAGGAAAGCAUUGGCAUUAGACCAUUAAUGAUGAAUUCCAAAAAUUUGACAUUUUUCACUGUAAAAAGAGACUUCUUUCUAAGUUAUAAAAAGAAAUAAUUUAGAUUAUAUAAAUAUAUAGAAAAUAGACACUCUGUAAAGUCGCAUGAAAGAAUUGACUAUAUACAAUAUUUACGGAGCAACUUCAAGAGUUGGUCUCUGUAAACAUUGAUAAUAAACAUAAAACUGUGUGCAAAACGGUUUUGCAAUAUUUAUACUCUUAUUAAUAAAUAUUUAGUGAUAAUAAAUUAUUACUUAAUAAAAAUUAUUACUUCUUAUUUAUGUUUUGAAUAAAAUUAAGAUUGUUAUUGUUAAUAAAUUGUUAAUAAUUUACUUCGUAAAUGUUACUUUUUCAAUGUUGCGUUUACUAUAUAAAGGCAGUAAUAAAAAUAUGUGAAUAUUGUAUAAUAGAAAAGAUAAUAGAAAAAUUAUCAUGGUAAGAUUAUUUAGAAAUUCAAAAAUUAUUUAAAAGAGGGAUUCCUAAGCCAUAAGAUAUGUCUAUUAUCAAAUGUUUUUGUCAAAAAAUAUUUGUUUUUUGGAUGUCAAAGUCGAUGCGAUUUUCCCAUUGAAGCUCAAUGCAAAAAUCCAAUUCACUUUGACACCGCCUUAAUAGUUCAAAAUAAUUCUAAACUUCAAAUAUUGCAUACAUCUGAUCCUUAAAAGUUUAAAGCAUUUUUUCGAAUUUGAUUUUUUGCCGUCAUCACGAUUAUCAAGUAUUAAUUUGACUUUUUUAUCAAAACUAUUGUAUUGCUCAGAUUAUUUUUCUGUAUCUUUUUAAAUUAGAUAUUUCUUCAAAUAAAUUUUAUUAAAAUGUA